AUGCGGGUUUUCGGCUGCCGACCAUUUGUGCUGACCCCUAAGGAAAAGAGAUCAAAAUGGGAUCCGAAGGCCCGUGAAGGACGAUUCAUGGGGUACGAAGAAGUGUCAAAGGCAUAUCGCGUUUACGACAUUGAAGCGGAUCAAGUGGUGAUAUCUCGCGAUGUCACAUUCGACGAAUCAACGUUUGGUUUCUCGCCGACGCUACCACAAGAAAUUGUUGAUGACACUGCGCUGGAUAUCGAAUCGAUGAACAUCAGCGACGAGCCUCACCCUAUGCAGUUCAAGCAAAUUGGAAAACGCAAAAGCCGUUCAAACAGCCAAGAACAAGCUCUGCAACGGACACUUCCUGAGCGUCGUGGAACCGGGUUCGAAGAAGCAAGUGCACCGGAUGACUUUGAAACGCACCAAGCGAAGCGACGGUCAAGCGCUCGAGCCAAUCUGGACGAAGAGCGAAAGGGCAGUGACGAAGAUAACGAGGAUGCUACACCUCAAGUCUUUUGGCGAGCGAGUGUCAACGCAGUCGAAGCAAUCUGUGCCGAGUUGGACUCGAUGAAACUUCGUGGCGUGCUUCGAGCGCCCAAACAGCCAGCUGGACAGCAUACCAUUGGCACCAAGUGGGUAUUCAAUAUCAAGCGGAUAGCUGAUGGAUCCAUCGAGAAAUACAAGGCGCGUCUCGUGGCAAAAGGGUUCAAGCAGAAAUAUGGCAUCGACUACACGGAGACGUUUUUCCGGUAG